UGAGUCACUGUAAACCACAAACUGGUUACUUAAUUCACAGAUAAACAAACACACUUGGUUUUAUUUUAAAGAAAAGGUGCGUUCAGGUCCGAAUAAAAAGACAAAUCUCUGCCAACGAUUUGGGAAAGUGACCAACCGUGGAGUGUCAACGCUCAGGGCUGGAUUGACAGAGAGAGAGAAAAGAACCAGCUGUAAGAGCUACCGCCACCUUUUGUUAUCUCUGAGCCAUGGAGUUUCCUGUGGGCAGAGGAAUAUUUCGGAAGUUGUUGAGAAGGUAGCUAUUUGCUCCGGUGUGCUGUGUGGAAGGUGGAGGUGGUGACUGGGAGCUCUCUCUCACACACACACACUGUGCUGUGCUGUGCUGGCAGUACUGACUCCCCCCUUUUGCACACUAAUACAUUCCGUAUGAUGAUGGCGGAAGCCUGGUUUGAGGAGGAAGAGGAGGAGGAGGAGGUGCGAGGGGCGAUCGACAGGGACCCCGGCUCCAGGCACAACUCGGUGGCUCCUGCCCGGCGGCUGGGCAACACCUCCUCAGAUCGUUCAAAUAGAAAUAAACCAGACCAACCAUCCCGCAGCUCAAGCCACGGACCAUUAUCGAGUAUAAGGGCAGCUAUCAAGAGAACAUCAAUUCGUGCAUCGUCACAGAGUGAGCUACGGAGAGAAAGAAGGCGCCCAGACAUUACAGUAAUAGCUGCAGAGCCCAUAGGACCAAAUCACUGGUAUCCCGGAUCACCAAAUUCAGCUGGGCUUGGCCUUUCAUAUCCCCGAACUCUCUGGAGAAUUGAUGAACCUGUUGCAGCAGAACCUCCACCAUCCUAUGAGCAGGUGAUUAGAGAAAUUAACCGGCAGCCAGUUCCCACAACAUCUCCCCCAAGGCGUUCAACAACCACAGCAUCAACACAGACGGAAUUUGACCAGGACUCCGAGAAUAUCGAGACACGGAGCGCUGACGCUGAUUUUGCAAGUUUGCGAGGGAGCAUUCCAACAACAGUUCAGAGACCAGUGAAACCCUCCAGGCCAGCUGUGUGCCUCAUUCCUCUUAAACCUGUGGAAAGUGAAGCACCUUUGAUCUCGAUAGAAAGUAAUCCCAGCAGGGAACAAAGUGUUCAAACAAACACAAAUGCUGUGGAGCGACCCAUACCAAGGCCCAGGUCCUUAGGUAACUUGAAGAUACUUUGUGAAGAACUGAAAAGUGAGACUUCAGAGGGAGAAGAUAAAGAAAUUGAUGCUUUUCACAAGUGCCGUAAUCUAUUUAUAGAAGAUAAUUUUGCCAGUCAAGAUAGAAUGGGUGAUAACAAUGGACAAAGCUUCCUUGCAAGGAUCAAGGCAUUUGAAACACAAACAGAUUCUGAAAAUUCUGUUGGAAGCACGCGGCCAUCAAAGAGGCCAGAGGUUGCUCCACGGUCAUUCGGGCCAAGGCCAGCUGUUGGCCACGUGAAACCAACAGUAGGUCCCAAACCGUCUGCAGCCAACAAGAAUUCAGGGGCAUCUGAAAAGGUGGCUGAAACAAAACCUGUCGCAGCAGAAAGGCAGGGGCCGGUCCUCCUUCCAAAACCACAAAAAAUGGCUGCAGUUGCUGCAAAGCCAGAACCACCCAAGAAACCAAAGCCCAGUAUCUGCACAGCGUCAAAGCCAAGCUACGGAAGUAACAGUACUUUAGAUUCAGGCAAAGAUGCACUUUCAGCUGCUCUCAGUCCUCCGAGAGAAAAACCUGCCAAUAGGGGGAAUCAAGUUCCUGUCCCAGCACCAAGGCCUACUGUGGCAAAAAGGACCUUUUCUGAAAACCACGAUAUGCCUGCUCUAUCUCCUAAAUCUCCCGCUUCUAAACCUUCAGUGUUGCCCAUAACAAAAGCCUCUAUGAUGCAGGAUGAAGAUUCCUCACCCAGCAAGCAUACAGCUCCCCCGGAUGUAACCUCAAGCACAGAAGAUCUGAUCUGCUUUGAUGAUGAUGUUGUACCUACCACUCCAACAGCAGAUAAUGUGACCUCUCUAGUGACAUUAGAUCCUUUUCAGACAUUACCUAGAGGUAUGACAGGAUGCACGGAUACUGCAUCAAGUCGGCCACCCUUAGUACGUAAACCUACAGUAAUUCGUAUACCAAACAAACCAGAAGACAUUGAAAGUCCUCCCCCUCUGCCUGUGGAGACACCUGUUGGAAAUUUUGUUGCACAGAAGCCCAGCUUGUCGAAAGCUCCAGUUGAAAAUCUUGGUGAGGUACCGGGACCAGUUGCUAACCAGUCUUCGACAGCUACCAGCAAAAUCCGUCCUGCGCGGCCUCCCCCAGCUAAAGCUGGUCCAGCCCGACCUCCUCCACCAAAGAUCUCUGCAGCAUCAAGCCAACCUCACCGGUCUUCAUCUGAAGUGGGAAUCAACAGCACUGCGGGAAAAAGCAGCCCACGUGCCCAAAGCAAGAUCAGUCCCAAAGGAGCCAUACCUCCGAAAAAACGACCUGCGCUUCCACCUCGCCCAGCUCCUGGACACCCACUCUACAAUAAAUAUAUGCUGCCUGUACCUCAUGGGAUUGCUGAAUGUGAUGUCAGCUCCACGGUCCCAGGGCAACUGUCAUUCCGGCAAGGUGAAGUGCUGAUUCUCAAGCAGUGCACUGACCAGGCUUUCCAGUGUCAAAAAGGGCUUGAGACUGGCAAAGUUCCUUCAUCCUGUUUGAAGAUAAUCACUCCAAUGGAUGAAGAGGAGGUGAAAGGGACUGGCAAGAAACUCUUCUCUCCUGAACAGCAGCUUGGAGAAAACCGUGCUCCCCAUGCUAUAGUGCUGCAUGACUUCACAGCAGAUCAGAACGACGAAUUGAAUCUAAAGUCAGGAGAUACCGUGUUCUUGAUGGAAAAACUGGACAAAGAUUGGUACAGUGGGAAAUGCAAGGGACAUACUGGGAUUUUUCCUGCAAACUUUGUCAAAGUUAUUGUUGACCUUCAGAAGAGUGAGUCUCAGGAGAGCAGUGGGAAGAAGGCUGCAUGUACCUCAACUUCACUUCUCAGGGGGCCUCGAUGUGUAGCUCGGUUUGACUAUGAAGGAGACCAGGCUGAUGAACUCACUUUCUUUGAAGGGGAUGUCAUUGCACUGAAGGAGUACGUGAAUGAAGAGUGGGCUCAAGGAGAACUCAAAGGCCGCUCUGGAACUUUCCCUUUAAAUUUUGUUGAGAUUAUUGAGGAUCUACCAAUUCCUGAGCAGCAGGCUGCACAGAGUUCACCUCUGUCUCCAGGUUCUGACACAUUAGAAAGUGGCAAAGCAGUGGAGAUCUCGUUACAUGGUCAGGUCAAACACUCGAAUUCUCAAUGGUGUGAAGCACUUUAUGAUUUCAAAGCAGAAGCUCCUGACGACUUGCCGUUUAAACGUGGGGAUCGGAUCCUCAUCACAGAACACUUGGACUCUGAGUGGUGCAGAGGGAAACUGAAUGGGUGUGAAGGGACAUUCCCAACUGUGUUUGUGCAAAUCUGCUCAGACAAAACAAACCCCUUAAAACAACAGCCCUCGGGGAAUAAAAGAGAAAAAGCCAAGGCACUCUAUGACUUUAGUGGGGAGAAUACAGAUGAGCUCGAUUUAAAGGUUGGAGAUAUGAUAACCAUUUUAGAACAUGUAGAUACUGAUUGGCUGAAAGGAGAACUACACGGGAAGGAGGGAAUAUUUCCAAGGAGCUUUGUCCAGCUUCUUCAAGACCAGUUAUGAACUACCUUGUAUUUAGGCUGAGGAAGACCAUACAGCAUGGAGCAGAAUUGAACUUUGUCAUUAUAUGUAUCAAGACACAUGAGCAAACGGGCUGUACAGAGCGUGACAGACUGAAAGAGACACAACCGCUGUUGGAGAACUAAUGAAUCAAAAAUUCCAUUACCUAUGAACUAAGACGUACUGUAAAUAUCUGGGAGCAGGAGCUGGGUCAGUGGUCAGAAUUCAGAUUUUGGUGAUUAAAUACACAUUAUAAUUUUACUGUAACACAUUUACAUGUCAGUAUUGAAAGACAGAUUCCAGUACUGAAUCGGAAACAAUGUCGAAAUUUUUAAAAGACAGUUAAAAGAAAAUCCAUUGAUGCCUGCAUGUGCUGGUGCUGACAUCAGAAGGGCUGGUUUUCCCAUUCUUGCUGUCAUCCUUUAACUUGCAUACAAAUUGCAAAAACACUUUAAUGUAAUCUCAGUAAAUAACUCUGAUUUGCACAGUAUAUCUUUUAUCUUUUGAUUGCAUUGUUUUUGAAGGCAAUAUGGUUUAUUUUCCUUUUAAUGAUCAGUGCCUCUUAGUAUUGCUGUGGUAUUAUCAUUCAGCAAUAACUGAACAAGUUAUUCUGGAACAAAUUAUUCUUUUGUGGAUUCCUU